AGAGAGAGAUGAUAGAGAUUCGAGCGGUGAGUGCGUAAGGUAUGUACAGUAGCAUCGAGGAGAGCAGGGGAGACAUGAGAAGGGCGUGAGGAGGAAGUCAUCUGGGCUGCAAGGGCAUGCCAGUGGGGGUUUGCUCUCGUGCAGCGUCGUAAGGGUCGUCAUGAUCAUCAUCGUCGGAUUCGUCAAUCACGCCUCUGUCGGGAGAAAGGGAGAGAGCAAGGGGGCAGCGCGGCGCCUAGAGCAGCAGCACGGCACCGACGGGCGCGACAAGUGCGGCGCCACAGCGAGCGGCAUGCAGCGAGGCCGCGCCGUCGACGAUGGAGCUCUGCGCCGUCGUGCCCGUGCCCGUGGUGCCCGUGUUGCCCGUGGUGCCCGUGUUGCCCGUCGUGCCCGUCGUGCCCGUGCCCGUCGUGCCGGUGCGCGAGGUGGUGCCAGUGGUGCCGUUGCCGCCGGAGCCCGUGCCCGAGACCGAGCCGGGCACGGAGCCGUCCUGCGGCAGUGCGCCCGGGUUGAGCGGCAGCGGUCCGUUGAUGGUGCCGUUCGUGGACGUCGUGGAGCUGUCGCACUGCCGGGUUGGGUGGAGAGGUCAGUGGGCCACGUUGAAGAAGGGGACGUCUGGCGUGACCGCAGGACUCACCUGUCCAUUGCGGUCAUUGUUGAUGCACUGAAUCCUCGGUCCCUCGUCAUUGCCAUUGCCCCGUCCGCCGCCG